CGUCAAUAUCCUCUUCGCUGCCUCGACGAUUCCGUCACUCUCACCCUCUACCACGAGCUUUACGAUCUGCAACUAUAUUAUUCCUAUAAAAACUCCUAUAUACCGAACCCCUUCUCGCUCUCUCUCUAUCAUUUCCAAACCCAUCAUUCUCUCUCUAAACCUACCACCAUCGCCAUGGAAGCUGCCUCUCCAGCUCUCUCCCACAUUGGCCUAGCAGGUCUAGCUGUGAUGGGUCAAAACCUCGCCCUGAACAUCGCCGAAAAGGGCUUCCCAAUCUCCGUCUACAAUCGAACAAUUUCCAAAGUCGACGAAACCCUAGAUCGAGCCCAAAGGGAAGGCAAACUACCAUUAAUCGGUCAGUACACGCCCCGUGAUUUUGUCCUCUCCAUUGAGAAGCCUCGGUCUAUUAUCAUCCUCGUUAAGGCCGGUGCUCCCGUUGAUCAGACUAUCGCCGCCCUUGUGGCCCACAUGGACGCCGGCGACACCAUCAUCGACGGUGGCAAUGAGUGGUACGAGAACACCGAGCGCCGCAUCCAAGAGGCCCAAUCCAAAGGCCUUCUUUAUCUGGGUAUGGGCGUUUCGGGUGGCGAAGAUGGUGCUCGUCACGGCCCGUCUUUAAUGCCAGGCGGGUCAUACCAAGCGUACAUGAACAUCAAAGACAUUUUAGAGAGAGUCGCUGCUCAAGUUGAAGAUGGGCCUUGUGUUACCUAUAUCGGAGAAGGUGGGUCGGGCAAUUUCGUGAAGAUGGUACAUAAUGGAAUUGAGUAUGGUGAUAUGCAGCUAAUUUCGGAGGCCUAUGAUGUGUUGAAGAAUGUUGGAGGGCUUUCCAAUGGCGAAUUGGCGGAGAUUUUUAGUGAGUGGAAUAAGGGGGAGUUAGAGAGUUUCUUGAUCGAAAUCACAGCUGAUAUUUUCAGAGUGAAGGAUGAAGAUGAGGGUGAUGAAUUGGUGGAUAAGAUUUUGGAUAAGACUGGGAUGAAAGGGACCGGAAAGUGGACUGUUCAGCAGGCGGCGGAGUUAUCAGUGGCCGCGCCCACCAUUGCAGCCUCCUUGGAUAUCAGGUAUAUGAGUGGGUUGAAGGAAGAGAGAGAGGCGGCUUCCAAGGUUUUUAAGGAGGCGGGUUUGGUUGAGGAGGUUGAAAAUGUGAAGGGAGAGGCUGUUGACAAGAAGAUGUUGAUUGAUGAUGUGAGGCAGGCGUUGUAUGCGUCGAAGAUUUGUAGUUAUGCUCAGGGGAUGAAUUUGCUGAGGGCGAAGAGUGUGGAAAAAGGGUGGAAUUUGAAUUUGGGUGAAUUGGCAAGGAUUUGGAAAGGUGGGUGUAUUAUAAGGGCGGUCUUUUUGGAUCGGAUUAAGAAGGCGUAUCAACGGAAUCCAAACUUGGCAAAUUUGGUGGUGGAUCCAGAGUUUGCGAGGGAGAUGGUGCAGAAGCAGGCGGCUUGGAGGAGAGUUGUGAGGUUGGCGAUGCUCAAAGGUAUUAGCACUCCGGGUAUGAGUGCUAGUCUUCAGUAUUUCGAUACAUAUAGGCGUGCCAGGCUUCCCGCGAAUCUUGUUCAGGCUCAGAGGGACUAUUUUGGGGCACAUACCUAUGAGAGGAUUGAUCGUCCUGGAUCUUUUCAUACUGAGUGGUCGAAGCUUGCUCGGAAGUAGAAAGAUUUCAAUGGAGAUCUGGUAUCAUUGGCUCAUUUCAUUGGCCUUUUUGAGGCUUCUAUAUGAGUUAUUGUAUUUCAUGUUAAGGAAUUGCUGCUUAGACAUAGCAAUUGUUCUUUAGCCUUUGCGUUAUAUUUUUGCAGGGAAUAAGUAGUUCAUGCCUUUUGAGGGUUUCUUGGAUUUGAUAUCUUCAUAUCAUUGCUUUUAUGACAGCCGAGAAGACAAAAUUUCUCUGAUCUUUUUGAAUGGUUUAAUGUAUUACAUUUAGUUGAAAAAAAGUUCAGAGGUCAUUCAUGAUGCAAUUUUAAUCCAAGAGGAAUAACGUAUGUCUUGGUAGGUGGGCAGAAUCUCCAGUCACAAGAUUAUCAAAUGUUGGCUCCAGGUUGUAUUGUUAUUGUUUAUUUCUGCCAUGGCCUGCAUAUUAAUUAGAGUUUUUAAAGU